CACGCAGGCUGCAAAUAAAAUCGGGGUGGAAGUUUUCCAGCUCUAAUUCAUCUCAGGCUUUAACAAAGCAAACAUCCCUUUGUCUUUUUCAACAGCUACAAUGAUGCAUUUAAGGACUUUAUUUUUCAUAUCUGCAGUGCUGUCAUGGACACUGUCUUCAGCAAGAGAUGAAACAACAGAAGCCAGAAACAUGGAGGGAGACAUGCAGGAUUAUGAAAUUGUUCAGGGUAGAGAGGAAGCUGUAGUUCCAGAAGCAUUUGACAUGCCAACAUGUUUACUGUGUGUUUGUCUGAGUGGUUCUGUUUACUGUGAGGAGGUGUCCCCUGAUGUGUCCGCUGUCCCAACAUUGCCAAAAGAAACAGCCUAUCUCUAUGCUCGUUUUAACAAAAUUACCAAAAUACACAACAAUGACUUUGCAGACAUGACAACACUGAAAACAAUUGACCUAAGUAGGAAUCUCAUUGCGGAGAUAGAAGACGGAGCUUUUUCCAGACUUACAAAUCUUGCAGAACUUAUUCUUUCAAACAACAGGCUGACUAAACUGCCAACACUUCCAGUCAGUCUUGUGUCUUUCAACGCCAACUUCAACAAGCUCACCACACAAGGUGUAAAAUCCACUGUGUUUAAGAAAAUACCCAAACUGAUGUAUCUUUACCUUGGAAACAACGAGCUAACAGCAGUGCCUCAACUUCCAGAAUCUCUUCACACUGUCCACCUACACAACAACAAGAUUGCAACCAUAACCGAUGAGACAUUCUGCCAAGGAAACACCAGCUAUUACAUCCGAAGCAACAUGUUCGAGCUGAGGCUGGAUGGGAACCCCAUCAUGCUGUGGAAACACCCUUACAGCUUUGUCUGCCUGCAAAGUCUCCCAAUCGGAUGGGACAACUGAAAUAACCAAAGUGUGCGUCUGAUCCACUUGAUUGUGGGUUUUUAUAUUUCAUUUUGUUAGUUAAACCAAAGCUGUUUUGGCAGGUGCUAUUUAGUAUUCUGAAGCCAGGUCAGCUGUUAUAACCAUAUCUUCUAUAUGAACAUACAGUAUAUGGAACUACUUAAAAAACAGCAAUUAACAAUAAAAUGUGCAUGUUUUGAAGUA